AUGAUAGAGGUGUUAAUAACUGUAGUACCUGCAGUUCUAUGGCUUUUAUACAGAUUUUUUCUGGUUCUACAAACACCAGUAGAAAAAUUGAUUGAAGAUUUGAAUAUCGAGAUUCCUCAUACCCCAAUAUUAUGUAUCGAUUCCAUUUCUGAAAGAUCUAUUGUGAUUCAUUGGGAUAUUGAAAUUAAAUUCGAUGAAAACUUGUAUUAUGUGAUUGUGGUGAAUGAACAAGAGGCAGCGACAUUGACUUCUACGUCUUGUAGAUUGAAUAAUUUGACACCCCAUCAACUAUAUCAGAUUGAAAUUAUUGCUGUGAAUUCAAUAACCAAUUUCAAAUCACAAUCCAAGCCAGUAUUUGUUCAUACCUCCAAUGACAAAGAACUAGAUGGGAUUGUCAAUGUUGAUCAUUUGGAGACCGAGAUCAAAGAGAUCGAACCUAUUAGUGGGACCUUAGAUCAAUCAGCAUUGGAAACCAUAACCAUAGACCAAAUCAAGAAUAUCAAAGAUUCAAAUUUGUUGAAUGAUUAUAUUGUCAAAUUUCAAAAUGAAUUGGCCAAGACCAACACUGAAUAUAAACAAUUUCAAUCGAGUAUUUCUCAAGAACAUGAAACUUUACAACGAGAUUUGAGUCAUCACAAACGAGAAUUUGAAGAGGAAUCGGAUAACAAACUGAAAAAAGACCAUGAUUUAAAAUCAUUGGAAAGAAAGAAAGAUAAUCUUUCAUUUCAAAAAUCAAAACUAACGACUCAAUUAAAUGCAUUAAAAAAUACCCUUUCAUUAUUUAAUACAAAAUUUGAAGAGAAUGAAAAUAAAAUCAAAAAAUUACGUGAAAAGAACACUCAUGCGUUGAAUACAGAAGAUCAAGAAAAAACAAAAAUUAAACAAGAGGUUGAUUCAAUAAAACAGAAAAUAUCCAAUACUAAAUCGGAUAUAGAAAAAACUGAAGAAAAUAUGAAACUCAUUGCAUUAGAAAGAAAAGAGUUAAUUUCUAUCUUGAACCAAUUAAAACCACUUAUAGAUGCAUUCAAUCAAGCGGGGAGCUCCAAUACACAAUCAGAUAACAAUGGUGUAUCCCAAUUACUGCCUUCGUCAUUAUCAUCGACAACAACAGCCAACACCACAUCCGUUUCCAACACUUCUACAACAGCAACAGCAACAAAUAACACUGCCACAUCAGUUUUCAAUAGAGACGGCUCGUUGUCCAAAAAUGCAUUUGAUGCAAUUGUAAAGAUAAUUCAAAUUGUUCCUUCCUGGCAAGAUGAAAUUAUGCAUGAGAUCAAUCAAUACCAAGAGUUUGAACAGAAUUGGAAAGAAGCAUUUAGAGCCGAGAUCAAGAAAUUUGUAUCUAUUCAUCAGGCUUUAGAGGUUGCAAGAAUGAAUUUAGAUCAAAAUUAUCAACCGGUAAAGAUGACAGAAUAUCAAGCUUCAAUAGAAUUUGGAGGCUUUAGUAAUGCUUUACCAAAACCAAAAUUUAAUGGUAAAAGAAACUUAUCGCCAACUGAAGAUCAUUUGAAACAAAAUAACAAUUUCUAUAAUUACUAUGGCAAUGUUUAUUCAAAAGAGGAAUCAGAUGGUGAAUUGGGAUCACCACAUUCUCAACAACAAGUACUCUUGAAGCAACAGCAACAGCAGCCACAGCCACAACAACAUCAACCACUGCCACCGCCAAUUGCUCCUCAAGUAUUAUCCAACAAUGAUUAUUUACCAAACAAUUCAUUUGGUCAUCAAGAACAGCCAUAUAUUAGUUUGGAUCAGAUUAAUGCUGCCCAUAAUUUGGAUUUGAAUAGUGGGAAUACAUUGAUGCCGAUAGAUACUUCCAUAUCAACAAAUAAUCUUGCAUCAACCCAUCUUAACGGAUUCCCAUAUGACGAUAAUAUUUAUACUAGAGGAAUCAAUUCGCCACUUCCGUUGCAUAACAAUGCGGCUUUGAAUUAUGGUGAUUAUAAUUCGUUAUUGUACAGAUACAGCUCACCUUCUUUAACUCAAAGUAACAGUAAUUUAGCUGAUGGGGUUUGGGGUACUAUGACAAAUAAUGGUAACAAUUUAAGUGCUAACGAUUUAUUGAAUCCAACUCAACAAUCUGGUUUUUUGAUUUCUCCAUCACAAUCAACAAAUAUUUGGUUAGAUGAUAAGAGUCAAAACUCAUUGUUAAAUCCAACAAAUGGUACACAUACCAGGGCAGUUUCCAGUAACUCACAGAUUUGGAGAAAUGAUGCUACCAGCCUUAAUGGAGGAGGAGGUAGUAAUCCGAUCCGUGGUUUUGAUUUUGGUGGGGUAUCUACACAAGGCAAUGGUGAUUUUUCACCAUUUGGUAACAAUAUUAGUAUCCACAACCCCACUGAUAGCUUGUACGGAGUCAAUCUGUCGAAUACACAAGUGAAUGACCAACAGCUACAGUCACAGCCGCAGUCACACUUUCAGCAACAACAACCACAUCCAAAUUUGACUUCUUUCAAGAGUGAUAAUGAUGAAAAUGAUUCGGUUAUUGGAGGAACAGAACAGUUUUUCAAAUAG